AACGCAUUCCUCAUUUCCGCUCCUCUCCCUCUCCCUCUCCCUCUCCCUCUCCCCCUCCCCAACUCUACCUUUGAGUUCUGGUCCUCCGCGGUGGGUAUAGGCCCAAGGUGAAGAAGAAAUCAAGAAGAUGUUUCGGCUGAGCAACAACCUGAUCGGGAUCCUGAACUUUUUGACGUUCCUCCUGUCGAUCCCGAUCCUCGGCAGCGGGAUAUGGCUGGCGACGAGGGGGAGCACCGACUGCGAGAAGUUUCUCCAGGGGCCGGUGAUCGCCGUCGGCGUGUUCUUGAUGGUCGUCUCUCUCGCGGGGCUCGUCGGCGCCUGCUGCCGCGUCUCCUGGCUCCUCUGGGUUUACCUCUUCUGCAUGUUCCUCCUCAUCGUCCUCCUCUUCUGCUUCACCGUCUUCGCCUUCGUUGUCACCAACAAGGGCGCUGGUGAGGUCGUCUCUGGCCGGGGUUACAAGGAGUACCGCCUCGGGGACUACUCCAACUGGCUUCAGAAGAGGGUCAACAACGGCAAAAACUGGGCCAAGAUCCGGAGCUGCCUCCAGGACAGCAAGGUCUGCCAGCGUUUGCAGGCGAAGAACCAGACCCUCGAUCAGUUCAUCCAAGGCAGCCUCUCUCCCAUUCAGUCUGGAUGCUGCAAGCCACCCACAGCAUGCGGCUUCACUUAUCAGAGUGAAACUGUCUGGCUUAAAUCCAACAACUCAACAUCGAACAACACAGACUGCAAUGCGUGGGAUAAUAACCCUUCCAUCCUUUGCUACAGCUGCCAAUCUUGCAAGGCUGGUGUGCUGGCCAACAUCAAGGAUGACUGGAAGAAGGUUGCGAUCAUCAACAUCAUAGUCCUUGUCUUCCUUAUCAUUGUCUACUCGAUCGGCUGCUGUGCCUUCAGGAACAACAGGCGGGACAAUGCUUAUGGCGGAUGGAAAGGAUACCCAUAGAGGGCCAGCAGGAUUCGAUGAGGCCUCUUCGUUCUGCUGCUCCUUGUUUUUGAUUAGUUUUCCUUUUCUUUUUUCUUGCUGUACAUUCUGGAUGUUAGCUGCUACUCCACUGGGAUUAGCUUAGGACAUCUUCAGUGACUACUAUAUUUCAUAUUUUUCAUGUCGUGUUGGGAUCAUUAUAUUGGCUGGAGGUUGUCUAGUUGAAUUCAUAUAUAAAGCGGUUAGGACCCCUUAUUCUA